AUGCAAAUAUUUUAUUAAAAUUUUCGUUUUCUAACAAAACUUCUAACUUAUCUUUCAAAUCAAAUCACAUUAGAGAAAAAAUUUGAUUUUUAAUAUAUUAAUUAGAUAAGAUAUUUUAAUAAAAAGUAAUAUUUAAAGUUUAGUAGAUCGUAAAUGGAUAUAGAAGCUUGUGCAAUUCCAGGAGCCAUUAUCGGGCUUUUCAGUUUGCUCCUCAUAGUUUUUACUUGUUGGGAUACAGUAGAAGUUACUUAUUAUGGCAUUAAGUGUAACACUUUCACAAAAAAGUGCAGUACGCAAGAAAUAUAUGAAUCAGGAAGAUAUUUCAUAGGACCAUUUAAUUAUUUUGUCGAAUUUCCUGGCACAUUAUAAACUAUUAGUUUUGCAAAUAACAAUUCAAAUAGAGCUCUCUCAACUAGAACUUCUGAAGGUUUAAAUCUGUUGUUAGAAAUAUCUAUUCAAUAUUAAUUGAAAAAGAGUUAGCUAGAACCUCUUUAUCAGACUUACAACAUGCAAUACGAAUAAACUUACAUUAAAAUUGCCAGAGAUGUUAUCCUUCAAGCUGCUGGUAGUUAUCAAGCUGUUUCUUAUUGGACAGAAAGAUAGAAGAUUGUAGAUGAUAUCAAGAAAUAGUUAAACUAAGAAAUGUAAAAAGCAUACACUGAUGUUAAAUAUUUUGCUAUCUUGUCAAUCGACCUUCCCGAUCCUUAUGAAGAUUCUAUAGUGCAAACUUAGGUUGAAACCUAACAAAAGAAAACAAAGGAAUUCGAAAAGCUUUCAGUUAAAAUCAAAUAAGAAAUCGAAGUCAUGAUUUCAGAAAAUAACUCCAAAAUCAAAUACAUUCAAUCCUAAGCUCAAGCUGAUGCUUUUAACAUUCGUUAAAGUGCAUAGGCUGAAUACAUCAGAGAUACUCUUGGUGCUGAAUAAAAGGCAUACAAAAAGCUAAAAGAUGACUGUAGAUUCAACAAUGACGAGCUUAAUAGCUUUAUAUACUAUAGCUCUCUAUUAGGAAAAGUUAAGCAAUCCUAAUUAUAUGUAGGAGUUAAUGAUAUUAUAGCUGAUGCUAGAGCUAAAAACUGA